AGGUGGGGGGGGCGGCGGCGGCAACAGCAGCAGCCGCGCCUGCGCGCCCAGGGGCCGCCACCGCCUCCGCAGCCUGGGAGAGAGACCGGAUCCGCCGCCGCAUCCUCUUCCUCCCCCACCGCUUCCCCGCGGCCGCCCGUGGUCGGGACGGCCAGGCACGAGAGGAAGCGGCGGUCGGAGCGCUCGCAGGGACACGCACUGUGAAGUCUUGGGGGAGAACAGCGGUGGAGUGGCAGUGCAGGUCCUUGUAGCUGCCCCUGCGUUCCCUACUGAUCCAUCUAGUUGGGCAUAUGUACGCCAUGGGUACCUGCAGUGACCGGGGUGGCUGCCGUGCUCGGAUGUAGCUUUAAAGAGUCACAUAAUUCUUAGUAAGCUUUUCCGGACUAAAUAAACACAUAGUAUCGCUUUGACGUUAGUCACAUUUUCCCGGCGUUCACCAUUAUUUCUGCUGUGAAACGGGAUACAUACCUGCUGCUUUUGAAAUAACUUUAAUUAUGAUUUAGAAAUGGAUUUGUGCUGUACUUAGCAUGUGCAUUUUUAGAGGUUUUAUUGCAAAGCCCCAGCUUGGCUUUUCUGUAUUAUGUACAUCUACUUUGUGAUCAUAAUGGGCCUGAAAAGCUGUGUGCUGUUGUGAGCUCACCUAGGGCUGUAGCUACAUGAAUUUUGUUCAGAUGAUGUAUUUUAGAGAUUAUUAAAAUGCACACUGAGUAUAGUUCUGUUUCUCAGAAAUCUAUCUGGAGGAAUAGGUAGUUUUAGUAUUUAGUAUUUAAUUUAAUUGCAUUAAAUAGUAAAUGUACACAUUAAGUAGUCUCACAAUUUGAGUAUAGGUGUCACACCUUUUUCCAAAUUGUUUUUGUGUGUCGAGUAGAGGGGACCCUUUGCACUCAAAGAUGUAUAAGCAGCAUCUUUCAUGAACAGUCCAAAGAGGAAGAAAAGAUGUUGCUGCUUAUUUAAUAUUUUUGACUGCAUUUUAGACAGAUGGUUGUUGUUGGUUUUUUUCUUUGCUGAAGCAGGCUUUUUUGUUUUGGUCAUGUGAUUAUGAAACAGACCAGAAUUGGUGCAAACCCUAAAAUUUCUCUCUCUUAGUUUACUGACUGUUGUGCUUUAAGAAUAAAUUUUAUAUGUAUGAGUAUGAUAUCCAUUAUAAUACUUAACCUUUCAGGAACUAACUUACAAUUAAUUAAGCUACAUUAAUGACUAAUUAAUUUCUUAAUGUAGAAAUGCUUGAAUUUAUAGUUAAGUGUCAUAUAGUGAAUGUUCAAGAAAAUUACAUUUACUUUUAACCUGGAAUUUAAGUUGUUAAAUACAACAGACUAGCUUCAUUAAUGUACUAUAGUUCAGAGAAAAAAAAAAUUGUUUAUAUAGGAUAUGUGGCUGGAUCUUACUGGAGACAUCCAUGGCCCACUUUUCUUCAAAGGUUAAUUUUCCAAAACAGGUCAAGUCUUCCACAAAACAGGAACACCCUUGGGGGUGGAAACUACCUGUGCUCGGCAUAGAAGUCCAGUUGCCAAUUGAAGCUGUUGGUUUAUCAUGUCAUAAAUGCUAAUUUUCUUUCUGAGCAGGUAUUUCCUUUAGUGUAUAACUUCCUUUAGGAGCAGAAAAACAGGAGUGCAUUGUGACCAAGCAUGUUUUUAACAUGGAGUCUGACACUUCUAGUCUCUACUUUCUGUGCAGCUUCAGAAAACUCACCUACCUCAAAGUUGUAACUCACCUCCCAAGAAUAAUAUGUAUGGAAAAUAGUAGUAGUUUCCAAGUGAAUAGUCAUUCUCAAGAUAACAUUGUAGGAUUAAACCUUGUUUUUAGUGAAAUUUCACAUUGUUGCCCUAUUAGAAUCUUCUUGAUGUCCUCAGUUUUCUGGACUACUGUGCUAUCAAAGACACCUUUGAUGGCUUUAGAAGAGAGGAAAACUUCCAAGUCUGGAACUGCUUCAUCAAUUACCUAUUUCUUUCUCAGUGCCAAGGAUGCAAAUUUGAUACAUUACUAAAGAAUCUGGACCUUCCAACUCCUUUUUUCUUCUUUCUUUCCUAUCUUUGAGAUCUAUUGGCUAGGUGUGUCGAUUUACAUAAUUGAUUCUAAUCAGUUUUAGUACUCACAUUCCCCCUUGCUAUUAGCUGGUAUGUUAAGUUUGAAACUGGCUGGCUUGUAACUCAGAAUAUCCCUCAUAGUAACCCAAGUGUUGAAGUGCCUGAGCUGGGCACUGUGUUGCUAGCUGGGAGGAUUGCUAUCUGCACACACCAAGGCUUGUGUAGUUUGGCUUAGGGUUGUUCAGGUCUAAAUUCUGACCUUUUAUUAUGUUAAAAAUAGUGAAUGACUCACUUCUUUAGAUGUGUUUUUACUUGUGAUUUGUAUGAAGCUGCCCUUGGAUUUGGAUGGAAAUAGGAUUUUGAUUAAAAGUGCACAAAGGUAGUAUUUAAAGUUUGGGUUUUGUUUGUUUGGGUUUUGUUUGUUUUUGUUUUUUUUUUUAAUUAGUUAAAACUAGAUUAAAUAAGUUGAAUAUCCAGGGAGAUAGGUUUGGGUUGUUGGGGUUUUUUUUGUUUGUUUGUUUUUUUCUAAAUUUUCUUCCAGAUGUAUGGAAAAUGAAGUGUGUUUUUUAAAGUGUGAAUUGGAGUUAGUAAAGUUAGAAUUUAAGAAGUAUUUGAUGGCUGAAGAUGCAGAUGGGAACCUGUAACACUUUCAUAGAUCUUUUACAUGUUUCCCACCAUUUUAUGGAAAGUUAGGCAUCUAAUCUGACAGACUAAUUAAUGGGAUUUUCAGAAGGAAUCAGAAUCUCUUAAAAAACCCCAGACAAAAGAUGCCUAUAUAUCUUUCUCCCCUCUUAUAAUUUGGGUGGAAAAUAAAUUAAUUUUUUAAUAAGUCCAGUUGAAGAAUAUUAUGUCUGUGUAUGUUAUAUGUUUCCCUACCAAACUGGAAAUAGUCAAUAUACCUGUUCACUGUUACACACUGUUAUGCCACUGCCAUGUAUGUAGUGCAGUAUGUAUCUCUAUCAAUCUUUGCCUGACCUCAGAAAAUAAACAGAUUCAAGGAAGGCAAUUAAUAGCCUAUCCCAUAACUCAUUAACAUUUGAUGACUAAUUUUCUGAAUGGUCUCAUUCAGAUUUGAAGUACAUGAACAAGUGUUAACAAGCCACCUCAUUAAAAUUACUUAAGCAAAAAGGAAUAAUUACUUAAAAACAAACCCUCUUAUCAAGGUGUUACUUAAUGUUGCUCUCCAGCUUGAUAGGGAGGUACUUUAUAUCACCUGGUGAUUACAUGGUUUCAUUUGCAAUGGUGCACCCUGUGGCCUUCCAGCAGCUACUUGCCAGUCCUGUUUUGGAUAGCUGGCUUCCAAGAAACAACCCAGAACAAAAUGGUCACUCCAGUGACAUCGUUGAAGGGGAAGGUCUCAUUCCUAGAACUUGUAUUCAGGGAUUAUUUUUAUUCUAUCAGAAUUUCAGUUCAGGAUAUAAAGCUAACUUUAGCCAUAGAUCUUUUAAUCCAUAAAUGAGAAAUGUCCACUGCUCCAUAGUCAUUGGGACUCAGCAGACAGUAGUGCAUCUGUAGACGUAUCCUCAAGUCCACAGUUUUUCAUUUAUGUAUAUAAAGAUAUACAUGACUGUAUGCCAAGCAGGCACAGUGCAAUGAGAGAGAUGUUGGGUUGGACUGGCUAAGGCUCUUGCUUUCCUCCUUCAGAAGUUCAUGGCUUUGGACAAGCUGUUUUUUAAUUCAAUGCCUCAGCUUUUCAGCCUCAAAGUGAAGAGAGUAUCUCCUUUAAAAUAGUCUUGAACUCUCCAAAGAGGUGUGAGAGAGGUAGAUAAUCUUGGGUGAUUUUCCAGGCACUAAAUGAUGUAACUACCACUUAUCCUAAUGUUUUGAACAGAUUCAAUUCUCUUGGGCAAAUGACAAUGUAAAUUAUGGUAAUUUUGGAUCAGUAAUUCAGAGAUCCUUGAUGUAUUUGUUUCCAUUACAAGGGAAUGGGAUGUGAGUCCUGACUCUGUGACAAAUACAAAACCUUGUUCUUUAGCAAAUGGUUAUUGUUGGCAGCAAAACACAGUGUGGAUGUGGAAAACAGGAAUCGUGUACGUAGCAUGUUCCUACCAUGUGCACUUCCCUGGAGUACAUGACAGAUGGUUUUCUGUAAACCAAAGGCUCCAGCUUUGUAAAUGUAUGGUUCAAAGGUGAUCCACAUCACAUAAAUGUUCUGCAACAGGAUUCCUGUCAGCUCCUCAAUCUUUUCUGCUACUGAGGGUCGUACUCAAAUGUUCCAGUUAUUUAUAGUAAUUAAUUUCACAGUUUCAACUUGUCUUCUGCUGAACAGGUCUGCUUUUUCAGUUAUUGACUGUCAGCAGCUUUCUGCCAAAAAUGUCUUUAAUCUUACUAGCAGGUGUAUAUCAAUUUCUCCAUGGCAUCUUUGACUUGUUCUGGUACCUAAUGACUGAACCAGUGCAUAUUCAUUUUCUUUUUUUUUUCCUGUUUCUGAAAAAAAUAUUUCUAUUCUUUACAGUUACAUCAGAAAAGGAAGUAAUGGUAUCAAUGAGUUCUUUUGCUAAAGCUUUGUGUUACUGAUGCUCUGUCCAAACAGAGCUUAAUCCACCAGCUUGUAUUGUUCUUGAAACUUUACUCCUAAGCCAGGACAAACAAUGCUGUAGAGAGACUUGGGAUACCAGCAGAGCCACAAGCUAUUUAUUGCUGUGGGCCUAACACACGUAGGGAGUCUGUGUCUGUAGCUGUUUAAAGUUCAGUGCAAAGUCUGUCAAUGGAUUGGGUUGCAUGGUGAUCUGUUCCCAGAGCAGCAGGAGGGUGGGCAGUAGUGCAGAGAUGAGAUGCACACUGUCUUGGUAGAAAGGAGCUGUGACCUGAGGCAGGAGGUCAUGCUUUAGAUGGAGCAGUAUCUCUAUAUCCUCAAUGUAUUUAUGGUUUAGUGACUUCAGAGGUUACCUGAAAGGUGAAGGUCUCCAGUCAAGACUCGUGCUAGUAUCUCUUAUUGUAGCACUCAGUAGUUUUUCAGUAGUAAUAUCUACUCCUUCCCCCAGGUAUCAAAGCCUUUUCCGUUUUCCUCAAUUAACUGCCUUCACCUCAACAGUGAGCAUUGGGUUUGACUAGUUGGGCUGUUUUGCAGUUAAACAACCAGGGAACACUAAGAGUUUCUGUUUGUGUAUAUGUAUCACUGAAAAAGAUUGGGCACACUAAAUUAGUAGUAAUUAAAGUGGCAUUAAUGAAGCAUAUCUGUUUCAAGUGAGUGAAUGUUGAAAGACAACUGUUUCUGAAUUGUAUUACAGGCAGGGCUGUGUUGAAAUAGUAGAUCUUUGGUGUGGCUUGCAGGUAUUUCAACUGUCUUGGUCUUACACUAAAUCUUAUGUUUUUGUGUGGAAUUUAAGGAAUGUCAUUUCACCCAAGUUGUUUCUGCAUUCUCUGUUCAUCGUGAGCUGUAGUGAUAGUGAUAUCUUAGACACAAGACAAACAUGUCCUGGCUGUUCCUCAGUUCUGGAAUGCAGAAGAACAUUGCAAGAUUAAAUAAAUCUGGAAGCAUUUGAUAGCUGUGGUACUCUAGUACCCAUUAUGAUGGUAAUUUUACUGUCACAACUAUCCCAUUCUUAAUUAGGUUUUUUUUGUUCAAGUGGAAGAUGAAAUAAAACCUGACCCUAUUUUUAAGAGGAGAAAUGUCCAAACAAGAUAAUAGACAUUGGCAGCCACUGUAGGUGUUUUGAGCCUUGCUAUUCCAGCAUCCCUUUGCUCCUAUUAUUUCCUUGUUUUUCUUUUCUCCUGUCUGCAGCAGUGAUGCUUACCUGGCUGUGUGGAAAUUACUCAGAAGGAAAAACAAUGUGAAAAAUUAAUAGUCAGUCAAGUGCAGCCACUGAUCACGAGAUGUUACCACAAAAUCUACCUCAGACUUCACUUUUGUUCAUUCAGUUGCUGCGCCAUAGAUCUCAACGGGAGCUCUGCAGACACUCUUGAAAGUCUCUGAACAGAUUGGGACAUCAAGUCACAGCAUGAUGACCUAAUAGGAGGUCAAAGUCUGAAAGAUUGAUUCAGCAGUUCAAGAUAACACUGCCCUUUUAUCAGUAUCACUUCUGAAGGCUACGGACCUCCUGCCAUUUCUUUCCUGGUUACUUCAGAAACACUCAGCUGACCUUUCUUUGGUGAAGAAAUCUUGACUUUUCUCUCUGGUCCUGGAAAUAUUAAUGGAAUACAGUCAUGUCUACCCAGGACGAGAGGCAGAUAAAUACAGAGUAUGCUGUAUCCUUGCUGGAGCAGUUGAAAUUCUUUUAUGAACAGCAGUUGCUAACUGACAUAGUGUUGAUUGUUGAGGGCACUGAAUUUCCCUGCCAUAAGAUGGUUCUUGCAACGUGCAGCUCAUAUUUCAGAGCAAUGUUCAUGAGCGGGCUGAGCGAGAGCAAACAGACACACGUACACCUGAGGAACGUGGAUGCAGCCACUCUGCAGAUCAUCAUCACUUACGCAUACACGGGUAACCUGGCAAUAAGCGACAGCACAGUAGAGCAGCUCUAUGAAACUGCCUGCUUCUUACAGGUAGAUGAUGUGUUACAACGAUGUAGAGAAUACUUAAUCAAAAAAAUUAAUGCAGAAAAUUGUGUGCGUCUAUUAAGCUUUGCUGAUCUCUUCAGCUGUGAGGAGUUAAAACAGAGUGCUAAAAGAAUGGUGGAGCACAAGUUCACAGCUGUGUACCACCAGGAGGCUUUCAUGCAACUGUCACAUGAUCUACUGAUAGAUAUUUUAAGCAGUGACAAUUUAAAUGUGGAAAAGGAGGAGACAGUGCGUGAGGCUGCUAUGUUAUGGCUGGAGUACAACACGGAAUCCCGCUCGCAGUAUUUGUCCUCUGUUCUUAGCCAAAUCCGGAUCGAUGCACUUUCAGAAGUAACACAGAGAGCCUGGUUUCAAGGCUUGCCACCUAAUGAUAAAUCAGUGGUGGUGCAAGGACUGUACAAAUCGAUGCCCAAAUUUUUCAAGCCCAGACUUGGCAUGACAAAAGAGGAGAUGAUGAUAUUCAUCGAAGCUGCUGCUGAAAACCCUGGUAGUCUUUACUCAUCUGUCUGUUACAGCCCACAGGCAGAGAAAGUUUACAAACUCUGCAACCCUCCCGCUGACUUGCAUAAGGUUGGGACGCUGGUAACUCCCGAUAAUGACAUCUAUAUAGCAGGUGGGCAAGUUCCUCUGAAGAACACAAAAACCAAUCACAGUAAAAGCAGCAAACUCCAGGCUGCCUUCAGGACUGUGAAUUGCUUUUACUGGUUCGAUGCGCAGCAGAACACUUGGUUCCCCAAGACGCCGAUGCUCUUUGUGCGCAUCAAGCCGUCCCUGGUGUGCUGCGAAGGAUACAUCUACGCAAUCGGGGGCGACAGCGUCGGCGGGGAGCUCAACAGGAGGACUGUGGAGAGGUACGACACCGAGAAGGACGAGUGGACCAUGGUGAGCCCCCUGCCCUGCGCGUGGCAGUGGAGCACGGCCGUGGCGGUGCACAACUGCAUCUACGUCAUGGCGCACAACUUAAUGUACUGCUACUUCCCCCGCUCUGACGCCUGGGUGGAGAUGGCCAUGCGGCAGACGAGCAGAUGUUUCGCCUCAGCCGCUGCUUUUGGCGAUAAGAUAUUCUAUAUCGGAGGACUGCAUAUUGCCAGCAAUUCUGGGAUAAGGCUGCCCAGCAGUACUGUGGAUGGGUCUUCUGUAACGGUGGAGAUCUAUGACGUGAAUAAAAAUGAAUGGAGGAUGGCAGCCAACAUCCCUGCCAAGCGCUAUUCCGACCCGUGCGUCAGGGCCGUUGUCAUCUCCAAUUCCUUAUGUGUCUUUAUACGGGAGACCCACAUGAAUGAGAGAGCCAAGUAUGCCACCUACCAGUAUGACCUGGAACUCGACCGCUGGUUCCUGAGGCAGCACAUAUCGGAGCGCGUGCUGUGGGACCUGGGCAAAGACUUCCGGUGCACUGUAGGAAAGCUGUAUCCAUCUUGCCUUGAAGAGUCCCCGUGGAAACCUCCAACGUAUCUCUUCUCGCCAGACGGAGCUGAUGAAUUCGAGCUGGAUGGGGAGAUGGUUACUUUACCACCUGUAUAGCUCCCAAAUGAGACUGCACAACUGAGUCUGUGCUCAGUUAUAAAAUAAUAAAAGAAAUAAAUGGCUGUGAAAGAACAGGUCUGGGGACGGAAAUCUCAGAGCUGUCUUUCAUGAGUUGUAUUUUUAUGCCCUACCUAACACUUGCCGCCAUUCAGUAUGAAUUAGUGAAAAGAGCAGAUAUGCUUCCAUAAUCUCAAAUACUAUUAUCAGAUAAUUGAGAAAAAUAUAUGUAUAUCAUGAGCUUGAGCAUCUGACUUGUCUAAAGAAUUAAUUCUAGUUCUAUAAACUCUCCAUUCAGGAAAAUUAGCUUAAGAAAAAAAGUAGUUAUUGUUUCUAGGAUGAUGUCACAACUCUUUUGAAAGUAUCUUCCAGUUACAUUUUAACUACUUCUGGAUAUUCUACUUAAGUGCUAGUUAUAUAAUUGUCAGUGUGGCCUAAUUAAAGGACUGUGCCGCACUUACUAAAUACUAAUAUCUAUGUUGGUAUAGUAAUGCCAUUAAAAGAAAAAGAAACAAAUCCCAUGGAUCUACACCUGUGGUAGGAAGGGUAGAUCUUCCAUUGUAUGGUAACAUGCUGGGCAAAAUGACUGCAGGUUCAGUCAAGCUGUAUGAUGAGGUGCAUGUAUUCUAUUUUCACUAACUUAUACCUGUCUAUUUAGAAUACAGGUCUUCCAAGCAGCUGGUAGAUUACCAGGUGUGGACUUAAGUUGCUGGGCUUGCGAUAGGAAUUGCCAGCCCUCAUAGUGCGGGUCUAUGUGGGGCUUUAAUCAGUAAAUGCCUCCACGUUCUGUAUUACAGUAACAUUGGCUCAUGUAUAUUACUUCCUGCUGCUGAUGUAUUUUUCCAUUGUAAAACGAAGUUUUAGUGUGGAUUAACCAGGUCUUUAUUUUCUGUUAAUUUAAUAACAAGCAUUACUGUAGUGUGAUUGUGUAUAGAUAUCCCUUAGCUGUCAGGUUUUUUACUUUGGGGGGGAAGCAAACUUCAGGAAUAUCCUGUGCUGUGUGUGCAGGAGAGCAGAUGCCUAGUGCUGCUCUGGCAUUAAUCCCAGGAACCACUAGCAGUAGCGGGGUGCCGCCAACCUAACAUGAACACAGGUGCUUCAUGACAAACCUUACUAGCAUGUUCAGCUGCAUCAUGUUCUGGCACUGUAUUUUGAAUGACAUUAAUUUAUUAAAAAAGACUGAAUCCA